GUACGUGAUGCCGUUCGCGUUGCAAUCAUGCGACGUCUUCUCGCAGAUCGACAGACUCGAAAGGAGCGUGUGGAGCCAGUUUUGAUUAGCAAUCAUGCUCUGAUCGAAAUCGAUUUUGAGAAUCCUCUUCAAAAGACAAGUUUACAUGCUCUCAUGACAGAGAAGACCCACCCAGAGGGUGACCAAGUAAAAAUUCGGCUGGAAACUCAUAAUCAAUUACAGCAGUCUUUGGCGGAAAAGUUCCAAGAAAGGCAAGACGCCCUGAAAAACAAAGUGCAGAGACUGAGUGAAGAAUACGUAGCUUUGCAUGAUAAGUGGAAGAUACACUGUGCGAUACUGGAUCGACAAGCCAAAGCUAGGAGUGAUGCACGAGCCGCAGAUAACAGAGUCACAUCAGCGACCGUGGCUGCUCCUCCUUUGACUGGACGGACAACGAGGCGCUCCGCUGCCACUCUCGGGGACGCUGUCCGCUCUGAUCUUGAAAUGGAACAAAUAAUCGCAAGUAUUGGGUCUAACGAGGCGACUGACCCGAAUCAAUUAUGUCUGAGGAAUGUUGCAGUAAUUCCCGACAUGAUAUCUGUCAUAAAAUGCAAAGUCGACUAUGUGUACGACGACAACAAUUUGCGUGUUGAUGACCCCAUUUCCUACUAUGCCCCACAAACAGAUGAUUGGACCGAGGAGGAAAAACAAGUCUUUGUAGAAAAAUUCGCCAUUUUUCCAAAACAGUUCGGUGCAAUA